AUGAGAUCCCUACCACCUCCUAGAAUUACAAGGAAACGAAGAUGGAGAAGGUUCAAGAGAGCUAUCAAAUAUUUUUUUAAAACUGGAAAAUUGACUGAUCCUUCAAGUCCCAAUUAUAGGUUUAAAUCUCAAAGCAUUUCAAAAAUCAAACAAAGUAGGAUUACAUCCCGCUUAAGAAGAAGUAAUUUCACUAAAUCUGAUCAAUUCUUAAGGUCUUCUACCAAUGCAGGGAUGAAGACUGCUUCAUUUGUGGGUAAACUAGUAACAAGAUCGAUGCCAGUACUCAAACCAUUCUCCUCAUCCAAUUCGCUUAACGUACAAGUAAGAUUUUAA